CUGACGUUGUAUGUUUACGAAAUGGUGUCCUUCCGUAAGUAUCCUUAAAAUCCCGUAGAAUGUUUAUUUGUUUCGCUUACUGCAUUCACUGUAUGUGUUCCGUUUAAAGAAAGGAAUGGAAUACUUAAAGGAAUUAGGUUGCAAAAACCGCCAACCAGAAGAAAUAUAUCUGGAAGGAGAUAAUUUUAUUAUUGGUAAAAGCAGUUUUGAUUUCUUAGCUCGGUAUGCGAAAGUUUCCGACAAACAUGCACUAUUGCUUAAAAAAAACGAUGUGUGGUAUGUUAAAGAUUUAACAAGUGCGCAAGGUGUUUAUGUAAACUCUAAGAGGAUUUAUACCGAAACUCCGCUGCAAAAGGAUAAUAUUAUUGGUUUCGGCGGUUUUAAAUUAGGUUCUGGUGGAUUUAUUUGCCAGAUAAAAGUAAGAUCGAAAAAUUCUCGCAAAAAGAGACCUGUGCUUGAUAGUGAAGAAUCAAAAUGUAAGAAUUUGAACACUAGUGGACAAAAUUCAGCUAGUGGCGUAGGCCAGCAGUGUCCUUCUGUCCGUAGUAAAUCUUUUCAGAAGGAAGUGAAUUCUUCAGACUCUAGUUCUUCACCGACAUUUAGCAAAGCUUCUAGGCUCUUUAAGAGUAAAUCAUCUCAAAAUGGCAAAAAAAGAUGCCGAAGACCACGAAUUUCAUCUUCAGAUUCUUCUGAUGUGGGAUAUCAGACUGCAGAUAGGUUUAAUGAUAAAAACAAUAGCCAAGACAAAAAUGCACCACAGAAAUUUAAAAAUAGCACAAACAGAAAGACAAAUCUUACCCAUACUUCUUCCUCAAGUGAAUGCUCAGCUCAAACUAUUGGAAAAGAAGCUUCCCGUAAAGAAAGUCCUGAAACAGUGGAAAAAAUCAAAGGUUUUAUUCAAAGUAGUUCACCUGGUGGCCAAAAUGAAGGUCAGAAUUUUUCACGUGCUAUGAACAAAGAUGAUUUGACAUCAGUUUUUGAUAGUGAUAACAAUAGUGGAAGUGACUCUAGUGUGAGUUGCCAUUCAUUUGUAAUGUAUCCCUCAAAAUCAGUUACUGAAAGAAAGCGUGACCUUGCAGUGUCUAGUGAAGAUUCAAGUGCAACAGAAUCUGCUACUUCUGAUGCAUACAUUUUUGAAAAAACUGUUCCUAUAGAUGGUAAUCUGCUAGAACCAGCUAACAGAAUUGAAACAGGACGAGGGCAACUGCUCUCUAAAAAUGAAAAAGAAUGUAAAUCUGUGGGCAAAACAUUAUUAAUUGAUCCCAAACCUAUGCAACCGUCUUCCAAGCAGCGUGACAAAAAUGCAUGGUUAGCUAAAAGAAAUCGGAGUUUUAAUUGUUCUGAGAAGAAAAAGAAAAAACUAACUGGUAUUUCUGAGAAAUGUAAAGAAAAAAGUAGUACUGUUGCUAAUGUCAGUAAUUCUGAAGGAAAUCUUAACUUCGAAAAAGCAUCAAGAAAGGUCACAGAAAAAGAUGUGUCGAAUCCUAAACCUGCGAAAUCAGAUUUGCAGAAUAUUUCAAAGAAUGAUAAAAUAAAAGAAGAUAGAACUCCAAAAAAGACAGUUCCAAGAAGACGUGACAAUUUUGGCUCAAGAAUGGGAUUUCUGGUAAAUAUGGAAGAAAAUCCUUCAGUGAAAAGCAAAAAGCAGGAAAGUAAUGAAAGUAACAUUCGUAUUAAUGAUAGCAUGUUUCAAAACAUAGAAGUUAAAAUGCCUGAGCCUUAUAUAGCACUAGAUAAAAUGCCAUUACCUAGCCCAGUUCCUGUUCUUAGUAAGAAAGACAAAAAUUAUGCUGAAGAGUUGGUUUCUUCGAAAGCCCUUAAAAAUACAAGGCCUGUGUACAUGGCAAAUGCAUCAACAUUUAAAGAUGAAUCAAAACUUCCUGUGACUAAACACGCUGCCAUAUCAUUGAGUUCCAGCCCUGAUCCUCGACUUAGACGAAUUCAGACAAGUAGAAUGUCUUCUCCCACUACUCCUCAAAUGAAUUGUAAAUCACUCCCUUUACAACCAGAAAUUCCUCCAGACAGUGUACAUGCAUUUAACGCUAUGCAAGUAAAUUCCAGACCACCAUCUGGUGAACCAAAAAUUCUUAUGAAAAGUGCAUCUAUUUCCAACACUGUGAAAGUGAAUGAAAAGUCAUCAUCUGUAAUACCAGAAAUCUCUAUAAGUAGCUUACCUUCUGGUUCCGUAGAGAUAAAUAGAAAAUCACUUCCUUCGUAUAAAGUAUAUAACGAUGAUAAACUAGGAGAAAAUAGCCGUUUCUCUAUCAGCAGGGUAUCAAAUACAACUUCAUCUAUAACUUCAAGAAGAAGUUCUUCUGAAUUGCGUGCCAAAAAUAUUAAGGAAGAUUUCAUAAUUAAAAUAGUUCACUGGAAAAUUGAGUGGCUGAAUGCAGAUACACAAUUAAUGGAGUUACUUCCUCUGAUUAGUGGAGAAAUUGUUCCUUUAUCACUUUCAUAUCAGAGUGUGGAUUCUUACAUUUCUGCUGUUCAGUCAAUGAUAUUGCUUGAAAUAUAUGAUAUGUUGCAUACAGCAUGCAUUGGUAAAGAAGAGACUAGAAAUAAUUUUCUUUAUUCUGCUUUUUAUUGUGAAAAUAAGUGCAACUUUGCAGAAAUACAUUGCGAAACCAUAGUAAAUGAUAAUGCUUGCUAUCCCUUUUCGGGUGACGUAAUAAAAAUGAAAAUUUCCACUUUGAGUCGUGAAAUAAAUGCUCUUGGUUAUGUUUCUAAGCAUAAACUAAGAUCAGAUGAUACAGGAAGUAAAAGGAUCUGCGCAUUUACUGUCUUCACACAGAAUGUGCAAGCUUUUCUUCCAAAAGAAAAUUUAAACGCAAGUAGAAUUUCUUCAAUAAAAAGAAAACUAAAUUUAGCAGAAGCAGUUGAAUGCCUUCGUACCUGUCCUCUAAAACAAGACAUAAUUGGACCAAGUUCAGAAACGUUUGCAGUUGAUUUACCCAUGAAUGAAUAUAAUCUAACUUUUAAUGAGGUAAUUCAGAGUAUUAUUGAUGAAAUUCAAAAACCCAGUACUAAACAUAAAAUAAUUUUACUUCAUGGAUUUCCUGGAACUGGUAAAACUCGGGCUGUAGUGAAUAUAAUUGAAGAUCUAUUUAUCAGUUGCGUGUCUGGUAAAAUUUUAGUUGCAGCAUCUUCUGACUCUACGAUCAACGAAAUAGGAUCUAGGUUGGUUGAAGUAAAUGAACGAUCAAGUUUUAGAGGAACUCGUAUGAAGUUUGUAAAAAUUGGACUGAUGAAACAGAAUUAUCAUAAAAAAGGUAAACCGCCUGACUGUUCUUCAAAAGACUCUCAUGAUGUACUUAAUUUUACAAGUAAAAGAUCUGGCAGCUUCAGUUUGGAUAGGGAAGAAGAUACGUGGCCUAUGUCGCAGUAUGAUAAGCUUAAUAAACGUUGGGUUUUUAUCUCCGAAAAAUUAAAGACUAAAACUUUAGGGGAAACAAAUGUUGUUCUUGUUACAAAAGAAAGUUAUGAAUAUUUUACUGCUUUCAAAACUGAUAUGAAAAAGUUAUUUGAAUACUUUAUUGUAGACGAAGCUUCGCGGUUCACAGAGCCCGAUAUUCUUCAAAUGUUGGGGCCUGCUAUUAAUACACUAGUUUUAAUCGGAGAUCAUUUAGAAUCUCAUACUGUCAUGCAGUCCAAACUGGCAUCUCAUUUUGGGUUCGAGCGGUCGAUGUUUGAACGAUUUUAUGCAGUGAAAGAUUCUUUGAAUGAAAAUGUGAUCACAUUUACCGAACAAUGUCGCAUGCAUCCUCAAAUCUGUUACUUUCCUUCAAAGUAUUAUUAUGCAUCAAAAUUAAGAAGUUGUGCAGAUUUGGACAAAAGGUAUCAGUUCUUCCCAUCUCGGCCAUACUUUUUUUGUGAUAUUAUGAAGGGCGAAGAGUCGAAUGACGUAGAUGAUAAUAUGAAAUGUAAUCUCAUGGAAGCUGCUGUUGUAUCUUGCCUUUGUAUUAGCAUAAGAAAGCUGAGUCCGGAAAUUUCCGUUGGGAUUAUUACAAAUACGGUUGGUCAGAUUUCACCCAUUAGAAAUAUUAUGCAUCAACCAUCACACUUUAAAGAUGUUGAAAUAAACACUGUUGAAAACUUUCAAGGGAGAGAAAAAGAUCUAAUUAUCAUUUCUUGUGUUAGAACUGAAAAACCACCUGGAGAUCAAAACUUAAUAACUUCCAGAAGCAAGCUAAUAGUAGCUCUCACGAGAGCUCGUCAGAGCUUAAUUAUUUGCGGUUCCGUUAAUUAUUUGAAGCUAUUUCCAGAUUGGAAUGCAUUAAUCCAAGAUGCUAGGGAAAGAAAAUUAUGCAUUUCUAUACCAUAUUAUACGUAUGCACCACAAAUUUUUUAUAAUAAAAUGAGGAAAACCGAAAUACCUAAUAUUAUUCAGUAGUAACUGCAAUUUAAGUUUGAAGCACAAACAAUAUAUUUAAUGUAAAUGAAUAUGGGAGAACACAUAUGUAUACUAUUUGAUUUUAAUUAAAAGGCUUUCUUUUGUGUUCUUGGAAUAAGUAGAUGUUUUUGAAGAAAUAAAUUCUGAAUUAUUUCUAAAAGGCAUUUCACUUUUAAAAAAAGGAAAGAAAAUUUUUUACACCACAUUCAUUAACUAAGCAUUUGCAUACUCUUUUUCCAUAUCAUUAAGUAAGUAUCUGUGAUGUACUUUUACCAUGCCAUUUUUCAAAAUGGUCUUGCAGUUAUUAUAAAUACUACAAAAUGUGUGUUAUCUUUUCUGUGAAAGCAAAUUAUUGUUCUUUUUAUAAUUUUUCUGAAUAAAUUUAUGCUUUUUGAUAAGAAUCUCAUUCUUCGUUAAGUAUGUUAAAGAAAAGUUAUGUGUGUUUUAAAUUUUAUUUUCUUUUUGUAAUGCAUAGUGUCUCUUGACACUGCUAUUUAUAUGCAGCAGCAUCAUAUAACUGUUAUAUGCAUACGGUUCUGAUACAUUAAAUGUUUUUUUUUUUGUCACAUGCAUAUCAGAAUUGUUGAUUGUUUAGUUAAAAGUACAUUUACUGUAAUAAUGUCAACUGUAGUUCCUCUAUCUGUAUAUAUGCAAUUAAUGUGGCCAAAUUAUGUAAUAUUUCUUUGUUAGUUUCUUGCCAAAGUAAUUCUUUUUUCACCAUUUACAUAUCAGCGUAACUAACUAAAUAAGUCGCCAAAUUUUCAGAAUAUGUCAAACUUUGGCAGCCAUGCAUGUUGCAAUUUUUCAGUUGUAUUUAGUAGCAACAACAUUUUCGUAUACCUUCUUUGAUACUUUUCCGUUUAGCCGGCGCAAAUCUCGCCAAGCAGACUUUAUUGGCGACAACAUACAGUAUACACAAAAAAUAUUUAAAAAAAUGUUAGUUCUAAGAAUUCUUUUUUUGAAGGCAUAAACAUUUUAAUAUCGCUUA